UUAGAUUGUAGGGUGUAUUUUUGGAGUUCAGAUCUGGCAACCCUGCUCUCAAUCGUGGAAUCCCUCUUUCUCACUCUCUCUCCUUAAAAAAAAGAUUUAAUUUUGCUCACACCAACAAGCCAUGUUUACUACUAACCAGCUACUACUGUAGAGCAAGACACGCCCCCGGGGGAGGGGCAUAAACGUUCUAGAGAGCUUUUAAUUGAACAAACCGAAGGCUAGUACAGGUUGAGUCAUCAAAAAAGAGUUACUCGUUUUGAACAGAAGUGAGGAAUUAUACAAUGAUUAGUUUUAUGUAUUUAUUGUUUUUUUUUUUUUUUAUUGUACUGGUGUGUGUAUAAUAGUAAGGGACAGUGGGAAAAAACGCUCCAGUGAUGAAAGUGUUGGAACUCUUAUUUUGAAUUACGCCGGAAGCGGAAUGGUUUUCAACCAUUUGAGGCUAGUUUCAGUUCGUUAAAGGAAAAAAAAAAAAUAGGUGUAGUGCAGCUUACGAACAGGUUUAGAGGGAAAUGGCGCUUGACGGAGCUUCUAGCAGCGGUGUUGUGGAGAGUAAAGUCGGGUUUGUGCUCGGGAAUGUGGCGGAAGUGGUGGAAAGGAUCCUGACUUUUGUGCCGACUAAAGCCCUGUUCCGGAUCGCGAGAGUUUGUCGGCUGUGGAGGAACUGCGCACGGCGAGUCAUGAGAACGCGACAGAAAGUGACCUGGCUCUCGGCUUCUGGUUCGUCCCGAUACGAAGAACACGUUCUCCUCAGAACCAUGGAGGAAGGACUGGAGGAUGUCUUCCUGCUGCCCCAGACGGUGUUGUUGAUGAUAGACAACGAGAACUUUACUGAACAUCACAGUUCUUUCAGACAUAAAAAAGCCAGGCCGUGUCAGCCGGAGGCCGAUUCGGAUGUUAUGGACAAGCUGAGACGCUUGCUGCCGGGCAACUCCGACAUUUUAUGCAUCAUCACUCCGGGAAUCGUCUUGACCCCCAGCGACCGCGCCUGUCGCGUCCCUCGGGAGUUCAUGGCGGGCGAAGCCGGUUUCAGUCUUCUGUUUCCUGCGAUGGAGGGAGUUCACAUCCGACCGUUCCACUUCUGCAAAAAGAGCCUCAGCGACAGCGCUUUAGAGAAAGCGGGCCUGGCUGCGAAUCCUGACCUGAAGGUGGUGCUGCUGUUCGGCUAUGACGCCUACAAAACCGGAGCUGCGCGCUUCCUGAACCAGCUGCUGGAACCUCUGGGGCGGAGUAACGUCCUCAUCGCCGGCGGUCACGUAGAGAAAGCGUUCCCGCAGAAGAAAGACUGCUGUUCUCUGGGUUCCUUCGGCGUGGUGGGUCUCACUCUGAGUGGUCCCAGGAUUCAGGGCGCCUCGGUGCUCCUGGAUCAGGACGUGAGCACGCCCGCAGCGGCCGAAGUCACCAUCCGUCGCUUGAAAGCCGCCAACAUUCCCGAGUCCAACACCGUCGGCUUCAUGUUCGCCUGCGUGGCGCGCGGACACAACCACUACAACGGCCAGCACAACGUCGAGGCCGACGUUUUCCACAAACUCUUCCCCGGAGUGCCUCUGUUCGGGUUCUUCGGAAACGGCGAGAUCGGCUGCGACCGCAUCGUUAAAGAGAGCUACACGCUGAGUCAGACGGAUGCUAACGGGCUGCAGCACGGCUACACCACCGUCAUGAGUCUGGUGCACUUGGGUUAACGCACACGCACGCUCUCUCUCUCACACACACACACACACACACACACACACGGUCUCUCAGGACUCGACAUCGCUGUUUUUUUUCUCUAGCGUUCACUUUCUUUUCAGAGAGACGGUCCAGACGACAACAUUGUUGUUGUUGUUGUUGUUUUUUAUGUGAAUUUCAUGUAACAUUUAAAACUCAGUCUUAGAACAUUUUACAAUCCGUGCACUUUUAAAUCGUAAAGCUGUUCCAGAAAUCGCACAAAAACAUAAAACUCGCAAAAAAAAACAAAAAAAAAAAGUAAAUGCUUCGCUUUACAUGAAAGUGAAUGUUUUGUAAUGAACGGACAUCUGGUUCUGUUUACUCAAAUGUAAACAGUCUACUGAAGAUCCCUGUCCUGAUGCACAGCUCUACACUAAACACACCCUCUACACUCGUUACACUGUCAUAAACUCAUACUGUCAUCGAUUCUUUUUCUCCGAGCGUCUCCGGAAGCGUUUCCUGCUGCUCGGAUCCCGAGUGAGUCCGUGACGGACUCGGCGUGAACGUUUCCCACCAAACAGAACCGACCGGUUUUCAAACCGGACCUGUUUAUCGACUUAGCAAUCGAAUAAAAGUCCCUGUACAGUAGAGCGUCGUGACUUCGGGGUUCUCGCGUUAAUAAUAAUAAUAAGAAGAAUAAUAUCAGUAUUUAAAAUAAAGAGCCGAGUUCUUUACUUUACGCAUAUUUUCCAUUCUUUAUAAUAAUUUUUCUUUUUCUUUCUUGUUAAGAUCACUAAACAGGGUGUAAUCUAGGGCUGGGCGAUAUGACAAAAAUAUCAUAUCACGAUACUCGAGGACAUUUCAAUACGAUACGCCACGCGCGUCACGAUAUAUCAUUUAGCUAACAAACUGUCCGCAAAACGGUAGUCAAAAUAAACCGGAAACGACGACGACGACGACGGUUUGACGAGGUUUUUCUUUCAUGCGUACGAAGACAAAGACAAAUCUAGUUUUUUUUUUUUUUUAGAAAUUACAUCAACCUUUCAGUACCGUUUAAUUUGUAUUUAUUCAAAGCGUUAAAUAAUAAUAAUAAAAAUACAGCAUCGUACCGACGAUAUUUCUGAAAAAAAAUGUAUCGCGUAAUCUUUUAUCACGAUAUCGGUUAUAUCGACGUAUCGCCCAGCCCUAGCGUCAUCAGGUUUAAAUGGUUGAUUCAUUCCUGAAAUCAUUCCUGAAUUUAUUAAGUGUGAAUAACUUCAUGCAUUAUUCAUCCGACGUUUUGAGUGGAAUUAAGAAUGGUUUCUGAUAAAUUCAUGUAAAUAAAUUUUAAUCAUUAAAAAUGUCAUUCAAAAAUACAAAAA